AUGCCGUCGCUCCACAGCAAAGAAGACGAUGGGGCAUCAUUAAUUGCGCCUCCGGUACCUCAGCGGCGAGCUUCCCGCCUAGAAAUGCAAAUGCAAAAGCACAAGUCUUUAUUUCUACCUGAGAGGAAGGUGACUUGUGUGUUAGUGGGCGAUGGUGCUGUGGGCAAGACAAGCCUUGUCGUGAGUUAUACCACAAAUGGUUUUCCAUCAGAGUACAUCCCUACAACUUUGGACAAUUUUGCAGCAUUGGUAGUAGUGGAUGGGAAGCCUGUGAGACUGCAGCUCUGUGAUGUUUCUGGAGAGAGAUGGCUUACACCCACUGGAAAGCACAAUGAGGAGUUUGCCCAGCUGCGCUCUCUCUGCUACAAGAAUGCUGACAUUUUCCUGCUGUGCUACAGUGUUGUCCUGCCGUCCUCCUUCCAUAGCGUGACUUCCAGGUGGGCAUCUGAGAUCCAUCGGCUCUGCCCAGACGCGCCCAUCAUUCUUGUGGGCACACAAUCAGAUCUCCGUGAGGACGUUCACGUCCUGAUCCAGCUAGCACAGAACCAAGAGCAGCCCAUAACAACAGAGGAGGCCCGGGUCUGCGCACAGCACAUAAACGCUGUGACUUUCACUGAAUGCUCAGCACUGACCCAAAAGAACUUGAAAGAGGUGUUUGACACAGCGAUUUUGGCAAGCAUGCAGGACAACGAAAUACUUCAACAGAACCACUGCCUAACCAAAACACCCAAGAAGAUCCGGAAACUCUCUGAGUCAUGGUGGAAGAAGUUCAGCUGCAUAGGUGGAACAAACAUGCCACAGUAGCAGCCUGUCCUACAGCAGGACAAAUCUCAGACAUUAUUUAUGGACAAGCAGCCUACCUUCACACUUAUAGGCUACUGCUGCGAUACCUCACUCACAUCUCAUCAAAAAGACGUUGCAGUUCUUUUAUGAACAAUUCAAGAGCAUUUUUUAAUUUCUAGUUUAUCUAUAAUU